CUUGAACGAUAUAAGUUUGCAGAUAUGUCAUCCAAGCGGAGUCUUUAACCUCAAAGAUUCGAAAUCGCGUUAAGCACAAGACGCACCGCAUUGAUCCAGCAAAACUAGUCAGCCAAUGGCGAAACUCUUUGUUUCCACCUUGUCCUCUUCACUUCCUCAACAACUUCUUCCUCUCCACACUCAACUCACCAACCCCAGGUUUAUACCCAUUUCAUCACUACAUACAUCGGCUUCGGCUUCGAGGUUUGGAUUCCCUAAAAGGCUAGUCGUUGGCACCCAAUUCAGAAAAUCGAGCUUCAAUCGGAUGGCUGCUAUGGGAGGGAAUGUGGACUCUGCAGCCGUUCCAAAAUCGGCGCCGGUUGAAAUAGCCCACGAACUUCUCCAGGCUGGAUUCCAGUAUUUGGAUGUCAGGACUUCGGAGGAGUUUACUGCUGGGCAUGCCAUUGGGGCCAUCAAUGUUCCUUACUUGUUCAAAGUUGGAUCAGGCAUGUCAAAGAACCCUAAUUUUUUGGAGGAAGUAUCAUCACAAUUUGGAAAAGAUGAUAAAAUUGUUGUUGGAUGUCUGUCCGGUAAAAGAUCACUAAUGGCAGCUACAGAUAUGGUGUCAGCUGGCUUUACAGAGGUCACAGAUAUUGUUGGAGGGUAUGCUGCUUGGACCGAGAAUGGACUUCCAACAGAGUCCUAAAUAAUGAUAUCCAUGAACAAUACGUGUUUAUUUUUUUUGAUAAUUUCAUGAACAAUUCAUGUUGUUCAUAAGUACUUGUGGAUUGGAAUAAGCUUUUGAUGUACAAAACUCAACCGAUGUACUCGUAAUGCAUAGUACCCUGCAUGAAGUAAUAAAGAUUUCAGGUUAUGUAA